AUGCCUCCCGAGGGAGGGGUUUUCGAAGUGUACCAAGAAAUGUUAUCUGAAGUCGCUGGUAAGCGAGUUUCGAAGUUUGGUAGGGAAGCUAACAAUUACGAGCAUGUACUGCAUGUUCUGGAGGCGAGAACUCUACGCUUUUGCCUUCUCAUUGGCUGUGCCGUCGUUCUCGUCGGUGAAAUGCGCUCCCUUCAUCGUCGCCUCGCAUUGUGUCUCUUCGCCACACUAUUCGUUGCCUCUGCCUUGCCGUAUUCUGCUGGCAAUAGUCGAAGACCAUCUGCAGUGAUGGGAGUUGGAUACCCGAAUGCUGAGGCUCAAAUUGACCAGCUGGUCUCGUCCCUGGGCUCGCUGAAAGCGUCAACGAGAGGAGAUAGGAAGAGUCCAAGUGUCGAUGAGGUUCUGAAGGCCAUCGAGAUGGGCACGAGUGUUGGGCGUUAGUCGCCAUCCUGGAGUUAUUUUGCGUUACGCUACUUUGUCUAUUUCCGUUCAAUCACUUCGACUGAUACUGUUCUGCCCAGUUUCGUUUAUACCGGAUCAUUGUGACUGCUGUUGCUGCUAUUGUUGUUGUAUGAUCUGAAAGUAGUCACUGUUGUUUCCGUCGGUUGAUAUAAGUUUUGGGAAGAGGGGAAACUGUUGUAGGUAUUAGUCGUAGAAAAACACCUUCCAUCUUCUAGAAUUCGACAUGUACCCGUUUUGCAAGCGUAGCAAAGCUCGCUCGAAGUCGGGUUACCGCCACGUAUAAGUGACAUCACUAUCGUUUGGGCGAUAUUCAGCUUCCAUCUGUGGACUUGCUGUUUAUCCGUUAGUCUCCGUAUGCCCAUUGAAUUUUCAAUAAACUAAUAUUGUUCAAUGGUUUGUAUUAUCUCUGAAGAUAUAGUGUUCGUUGUCCGUAGAUCACGCAAGAUGCUGUUCCGGAUGCUGUCCAUUAGAUCGAUCUUCGCUGAUGAGAUAUACCCACUGAACUGAUAAUUCCCCAUACGCUGUUAUUUGGGUGGA